GACAGGAGCCCUCAGAGACACACUUUUACUUUCUUCCUCAUCUUCCUCCUCCUCCUCCUGCUGCCGCUGCUGCCUUUGGAUUUUCUUUUGGUUUCUGGUCCCUCUGUGAUUUUGCUUCCUCCAUGCCGGUGUGCGCACCAUGACGGAGAGUGUGUGUGUGUGUGUGUGUGUGUGUGCGCUGCCUGCCCCCAGACCAAGAUCCUUAAAAUGAUGGAGGACAACAAUCAGCUGGCUGGGCGCAUCGACGCGGCCGUCCAGUCGGCCAGCCAGGAGGUGACCAACCUGCGCUCGGAGCUCACCGCCACCAGCCGCCGGCUCGCACAGCUGGGCGCCACGGAGACCGCCGCCACACCGCCACCGGACAACAGCCCCACACACACCAUCCAUGACUCUCUGAGUCAUGUCUGUCAGAAGCCGGUCACUGACCUCUGCUACAGGAGUGACAUCAGCAGCUUCAUGGACUUUGGGUCACCUGACGCCUCAUUGGAUAAAGGUAAGGAUCCGUCCCGCCACCAUGGCAACCCCCCAUGGCAACCCCCCACAAUCCAUCUGACACAGGUGUCUGUCUCCCUCUCAGGGUCUGUUUCCAUGGUACUAAGGUUUGACACGUUUGUCUCAAUAUAUGUGUUUCAUGAAGACAUUCAAUCAGGAGCAUCUAGAAGAAUCCUAGAAGCAUGA